CGAUUACGCGAGUGUGAAAAAUUAUCCACGGCGCCGAUAACCGCGCACGUAUUCCAGAUCAAAGUCGCCAUAUUGGUAACUGUCUAAUCAGAAAUUUUAAGUAAGUAAAUAACGAGGAUUUACCACGUAUUACCUGUAAUUUAGCUGGUUUAUCCAUUAUCAAAGAAAACUGUGGACUUUUGUACGCCAAGCAAACGAGAGUUUAAAAAAGUGAAUCAAAACUGUGCAUUGAGAUGUCAGUGUUGAAUCAAAGUGGUGAAGAGCAGGUGGAGUGUCCGUUAUGUAUGGAACCGCUGGAAGUCGACGAUUUGAAUUUUUUCCCUUGUACUUGUGGAUAUCAGAUUUGUCGUUUCUGUUGGCACCGAAUCCGUUUGGACGAGAAUGGCGGCCUGUGCCCGGCGUGUCGCAAAGCGUACUCCGAGAACCCGGCCGAUUUCAUUCCCUUGUCCCGCGAACAGGUUGCCAAGUUGAAAGCGGAAAAGAGGCAGCGCGACCAGCAGCGCAAAGCCAAGCUGACAGAGAGCAGAAAACAUCUGGCCAGUGUUAGGGUAGUACAGAGAAAUCUGGUAUUUGUUGUUGGUCUUCCUCCUAGGCUAGCCGAUCCCGAAAUUCUAAAACGUCACGAAUAUUUCGGCAAAUUCGGAAAGAUACAUAAGGUAGUUAUAAACCAGUCUACAACGUAUGCGGGCUCGCAAGGACCUAGCGCAAGUGCCUAUGUAACUUAUCUGAAAAGUGACGACGCACUGAGGGCGAUACAGGCCGUCAACAACGUCACAAUAGACAAUAGGGUAAUCAAAUCGAGUCUCGGGACGACCAAGUACUGUUCUCAUUUCAUGAAAAAUCAGGCGUGUCCUAAGCAGGAUUGCAUGUAUUUACAUGAAUAUGGAGACCCUGAAGCUAGCUUCACUAAGGAUCAUAUGCAUGCGGGGAAACAUCAGGAGUACGAGAAAAAAUUGCACGAGGACCUUUUGGCAAGGACAAAAGCACAACAAAACGGCAAUGGACAGAACGGUACAGAGGCGAAAGUUAGCCAAAUAUCACAAAAAGGCGUCAAAGAUGGGGCAACUGGGUCAAAUACAUCUAAAGACGCAAAUGGGAGCACAAACAAAGAGAAUUGGCCGGUGUUGGACAAAGAAAAGAAACAGGAAAAAGACAAAGUUAGAAAAGGCAAAACGAAAAACGGAGUGGCGGAACCCAGGACGAAGGAGAAGAAAGAGGGCAAGGGCGUUAGCAGUAGCAGUAGCAGCGAAAGUAGAUCUUCACAGGAUAGUAGGACCACUAGUACAAGUAGCAGCAGUAGUCAACCUAUAAACAGCAAAAUAAUUAUUGAUGGCAAAGAUUCAGAUACAUACCAUUCGCCAGGCUUCUCGACAGAGUCCAGUCCUUCAUCGUCACCCCCUAGCACCCACUCGCCACCUCUCCAACUAAUGGUUACACCCCCAAUGGUACUACCCGACGCGCCUACUUCCUUCAACACCUCGCCCAACUCAUUCCAGUGCAACAACGGAACCUCGUCGUUCGCCAGCAAGUUGCCGCCCAAUUUAGUGGUAGGAUCCGAAGACAACAAUUCCUAUUUCAGCUCUAGCGGUUUCAGUAAAAUGCACAGCGCUAGUUCUGUAGAUAAAGAACAACAUUCUAUGGAUAGAGAUAGAUUGGGUGGGGACGCGGGCGUUGCCAGAACUUUGGGAGAUCUUCAAGAGGAUAAUGGGCAUCAGUUGCUGACAGAUACAUUACCUUCCAUAAAUACAACAGAAGACUGGGCGGCGGCUUUUGGUUUUGCUGGCGGACAACAAGCUCGUGAGCACGAUCUUCUUCAACAAAAAAUUCAGCAACAGAGGGAUGUUAGUAAAUUGCCUAGUUUUGCCACUGGAUAUGGUUUAGGAGUUAAUGACAAUGCAUUUGGAAAAGGUUCUAUAGAUAAUUUUAGUGGAUUUUAUGAAAUGUCUAAGUUACAAGAAAACCUAAUGGAUGCCCUAGCGAGUAAAACAAACGGAUUCAAUAUAAGACCACACGAUGGGAACGUGCACCAAAGGGUGCAACAGCCUCAGCAACCUCCACACAUUAGCAACGGACUAGAACAAAAUAUGUCCAAGUUCUUUAGCGAUUUCAAUAAAUUUAAUGCCAAGGAACCGCCUAAUUCUUCGCCAUACCAAAACGGUUACAACGGUCUACACAAUCCUUAUCAGCAUAUAUUACAACAGAAACAAUUGGAAGAACAUUUUUUGAAUCUCGGACUUAAAGAUUUCGGCGGAGCGCAGACGACUGUAUAUCAAAAUGGAAUUCCCACACCUACAUAUACGAACGGAGAUGCAUCUCUUCUAGGCUCUAUUCAUAAUUUAUAUUCAAAACCGCAGGUAGUCUCCCCCCAAACACAAAAUACAAGAAAUUCAGAGGCAGAAUUGGACUUUGACCCGUUCCAAGAAACACAGAAAGCUUUAGCGGAAAUGAUGGCGACCGAGCAAAAUCACAAACCACACAAUCCAAGCUUAAAUACAGGUCGCCCGUUAAAUGGUCUAGUUCAUAAUCAAAAUAGUACUCACAUACCUCCUCCACCGCCGGGAUUUUUACAGCAGCAACAGCAGACACAUAUGAAUUCGUUCGGAAGUAAAAUUCUACCAUUUUUAAAUAUGUCCAAUAAUCAACAACAGCAACAAAAUAGUCCGACAAAUAAUUGGCCUAGUAGUUUUAAUUCUCAAAUACCACCACAAAAAACUAUUCCAAACACAUGUAACGACUGGAAAGUAUUGGACCCAGCAAUUCUAAGUUCAAGCCGCAGCUAUCAGGUCCCACAGAUGGCGCAAGGGGGUCCACCGACAGUGAGAGACCCAUACGCCGCUCCAAUUCCUCCCUUAGGCACCCAACAAAUUACGUCACAACAACAGCAAAACGGCCCGAUGAGACCGUUCGAUUAUCCGCCUAGCAACAACAGCCCGUUUUCCGCGUUCACCCAAGUACAACAGCCGGGCUACAGCAACGCGUUUGCACCACAACAGAAUGUAAACAAUAUGCCGUGGUUCACGGCGAACGACAUAAAUUCGCAAAUUUCCACUCCGCCGGGGUUCAGAAAUAGCCAGACAUCCAAGCAGCAGGAAUGCUAAGGCACCCCUGAUCCGAUUAGUUAGCUGUAAUAUGGAUCACAACGUUUAUUAUUCACUGGAUAUUGAUUUAUUAAAAUAAAAAGCGAUUAUGUUUCUUAGUUUUUUUUUGUGCAAUAUUGUGUUAAUUUGAUGUCUAUAUUAAUUUUUUAUUGGUCAAAACAAAGCAAGAGAGUAGAAAAAAAUUGUCAUAUAUUAUUCUGGUUCAGCAUAAUUAUUUCAAAAUUUGUUUCCUACAUUAUUGUUCUUGUUUUGCAAAGAUGUUCGAUCCAUAACAAGGAGCUUAAUGAAAAGAUACGUGUAAUCGCUACCAGGUACCGAUUUAAAUUAAAUUGUUUAAAAAUUGAAAUUAAAUUUGAAGGCGGGGGUGCUUGGUCACAAUGAAAAAAGCAUUAAAAUUAAUAUUCUAUCCAUUUCAGUAUAUAAUUGAAAGUAAAACAGCUAAAUAUAAUGUAUUACAGUAUUGAUUUGUGUUUUAUUUUAUUUUUUUUUCCGUUAGUCGAGGAAUAUGGUCAUUAUGUAUGUACGUAUGUAAGGUUGAUCUAUUGUACUCCUCCCGCUACUGAGUUCGGAUUUUUGCUGCUCUAAGCCGCCUCUCUAGUUCAAAUUCUAAUUAACACAGCAAUAAUUUAUUCCACUUAACAAUACACUCUGACACUAAUUACUUUAAUAACUAACUCAACAAUUAAACUCUUACAACUCACAACAAUAAUCACUAUUUAAAUCACAUCACAGUCGAACUAAAACCU